CCCUGGAUUUUUGUUAUCGUUAUGCAUAAAAUUAGAUGCAUGGAAGCCAGCUUAUAAAUAUUCCGAUGUGAUUGUUUACUACCAGUUUCUGUAAUCGGUUUCCAUGAAAAUUUGGGUAACAUUGUUAACACAGGAUACAAUAAGUUACAGACAGAAUGUCAUCACUAGUGGAUCGUUCCCGCCAGAUUCUGGAGGCCAAACUGAAGUCCGCUGAUCUACCUCCGUCCACAUGUGGCCUGGUAGGGAUCUACUGUAUGUGCGAGGCGCUCGACGUCUCGUACGAAAUGUCCGCGUCCCACCUGAAAUUCAUCACGCAUCGCGCCAACCGCGGCAGCGUAGGGAUGUACCUGGCGUCCCGCUACUGUGCAGGCAUGACGGCCGCCACACUGGCGGAGGCCGCCGAGGAGAUCUCCUACAAUGCCGUUUAUUCCCGCUUCUUCCCCACGCGUGGCGUCCCCGCUAAGGCAAUUGCUGGCUUUCUGCGUCAGUGGCUGCCGUUGCGCUGUGUGAUCGUGCUGACGCUCAAUCCGCAGCGUCUAGACACGGAUACAACGCCCGCGGACAAACUGACAGAUGCCUGGCAUCAUCAUCCGCUGGGCGAGGCCAUCGGGCAGGGCUUUCGCAUGAUGUACCCCGAUGUGACGUACUCGUGUGAGGAACUGCAGCGGAUGCUGGAUUGCGAGUCGGCCGUGAUGGUGAAGGAGCAGGAUAUUCUGUUUCAGACGUGUCCGCGCAGUAAGGGGGUGAUUUUCAGUGCGCGUAGGGAUUUUGGUGAUGUGGAUACGCUGAAGAAACACAACGAUAAACGCUGGACGCCAAUGGGAACCAUAGAUAAUUUAUAUGAGUUGCAAAGUCGAUCCGGAAUGCUCUACUUCCAAGAUGAACCGCUGGAAACGUCGCUGCUGGACCCUAGUAAACGCAUCAAAAUUCCGGCUGCAUAUGAACCGGGCAUUACGGUUUUCGUUCGCCGUGACGAUGUAGCAACUCGUGAAUUGCUGGAUUCGUGUAAAGGCUUCAACAAUGUUUGUACAGUCUGAUACUGUAGGUACGGCACGUUGUCUUCCAGUGGACUCCAGAAAGCCAUGUUCCAAUUUCCCUCGUUAGUUCCUUUCCAAUUUCCGUUAGAGGCUGAAACCAUCGGUUUGUCAUAUUCAGUGUUGCUUUUGAAUCUUUAUUCUAUCAAGCUGUUUUUGUAAGGUUAAAGACUUCUGUACAGGUGUUAUUUUUUCUGCAGAGCAGAUUGGAAGUCACAGUGCGCUGGAGUGAUUUGCUCCGGAAACGGAGAGUUGUUUUUGAUUGUAAAGCGCCGGUUUUGAUACUUA